AUGCAGUUGGCAGCUAUGCGCAAUGAGAGUUCCGAGCCUCAGUUUCGAGCGCGCGCUGGACGCCUGGACAAGUGGCGGGAGAUGGCGCAGAAGGCCCGCGAGGAUCUCAAGCUGCCUCUUGCGCCAAUGGAGCGCAUCAUGCCGGGAAACAUCGUGCUCUUCCACACUCCGGGCAACAACGAAAUCCAGUUGGGCCUUGUGAUGACCCUGUGGAAAGGUGUGAAGCAGCCAAAGCAGUAUGCAUCAGAGUGUCCACUGGACGCGUGCGUGGCAUUUAGGGCCGUGGAGUUAGACUUGGUGAACACAGAUGAUCCAACCAAAUGGAAGUGUGGCUCCACAUCCAAUGCUUGGGUUGUGCGAAUUGAAGCCUUGGUGGCAAUUCUCAGCUGUGAGCGAAGCAUGAAGCCGCUUCUGAGCACCGACCACAUGCACUUUGUGAUUUCGCAAGCUUCAGCUGAAGCUCUUGCCAAAGUUCCUGAUUUGGAAACAUGGAUGGUUGCUCCAACGAUGGUCCGGGGCAGUGGAAUGAAGCCAGCGCCAGCAGCAGACCCCAAAAAGAAGACAGCGAAGAAGGUAGCGUCUACCAUUUCCAAGCUUGCCGGCAAAAAGUCUUCCAAGAAACCAGCCGUAGUGAAUUUGGAUGAGUGCGAGUUGAAGUUCAAGAGGACAAAGCUUGGCAGAUCCCGAAUUGCAAGCGACCUCGAGAAUUUGAGCAAGAUGGACUGGCAGAGCUUUCCAGGGAAUCCGAUCUUUAACUCAGAUGGAGAAAAUCGCAUGAAGCUCGCGAAUGCCAACCAAGCCAACUUGCCGAAUGUCUUGAAGUUUGGCCCGUGGUUCAACCAGUACAGGCAGCCUGCGCAGUAUGAUGAAGCAGUGAGAAAGCUCUUGGAUCACUGCACGAGCCAGAUGACCCGCAGCCCGAGCACCCGGCAGGCAUUCAUGCGAUUGGUCAAGGAGAUUGCCGAUUACGUGACUGCUCAGAAUGGCCGGUUGCCUGCUGCUGAAAACGCAGACGAAGACCUGUGA